AUUUUAUCUUAAAUCAUAAUACAGUCAAAAAGUGUAAUUAAAUACUAUACUAGAAUGCAAGAUUUUCUAUAUAAAUGUACAAAAGAUAUUUCAUCAAAAUGGAAUUGAUGUAUCAUAAAUUUAUCCAGAUAAUGAAAAUAAAUAUUAAAAUAAUGUUUUAAUAUUUCAUUAUUAAUAUUUAAUAUUAAUAAAAACUAGUAUCAAAGUAAAAAAAAAAAAAAAACAAACAAAAAUGGCGAGAAUUCAAUGGUCUUUGAGACAAGCACCUAGGCAAAUAAGGCUGAAUAUAAAGAAAAAAUGGUGGCGUUUACAAGUAACGUGUAAAUCAUUAUUUUAUAAUGACUUUUUGGAUUGGAGUUAUGUGUGUGAUAUACUCUUGGAACCAAUGUUUUGGUUUGUUGAAAAUUUUACUGCCUGUUUAGGACCAGUAUGCGUAGUAAUGGUAGCUUUAUUAAAAGUAUGCAUUGUAUGCAUUGCAUAUUGGAUUGGGUUACCUUACUGGUGGGAAAAGAGCCCAUUAGCAACAGUAUUUUUACUAAUUAUUGGAAAUUGGCUACUUAUCAAUGUAUGUUUCCACUACUAUAUGGGUGUAAACGUACCAGCAGGAUAUCCACCACAAGGUGGUCUUAUUCCUGAGGCUGUGAGUAUUUGUAAGAAGUGUAUUAAACCUAAACCUCCUAGAACGCAUCAUUGUUCUAUUUGUAACAAAUGCGUGCUCAAGAUGGAUCAUCAUUGUCCAUGGCUAAAUAAUUGUGUCGGUCAUUAUAAUCACAGACACUUUUUUCAAUAUAUGGCUUUUACAGUUGUUGGAAUUGUAUUUAUUAUGAUAUUUGGAAUAGAAAUAGCAUAUCAAGAAUUUUUUCCAGCGCACGAAGCUGAUUUAGAUGGUCAUCCAGUUCGUAUUAACAAUACAGAGAUCAUUCCUGUGGCAGAAUCGUUAGAUCAUUUAUCCAAAGAAGAAAUAGCAGAAAUUGCUAAACAAGCUGCCGAGAAUAGAGAAAAGGAAUGGAGACGUAGACUAAUCAUUUUUGCAGCUUUAAUUUGUGUAGCUACGUUUACAGCACUGGGAGCACUUACAUGGUGGCAUGCAGGUCUUAUUACAAGAGGAGAAACUAGCAUUGAAGCACGCAUUAAUAGUACUGAAACUAAAAAAUAUAAAGAGCUUGGAAAAUCAUAUCAAAAUCCUUAUAAUUUUGGACCGAAGGAAAAUUGGAAAUUAUUUUUAGGCAUUGUUAAAAAAAGUUGGUGGUACGUUCUGUUUCCUUCGACUCAUGGUCCAUAUGGUGAUGGCCUUACGUGGAAAACAAUACACGAUAAUAAAAUAUCUUGAGUUUAAAAUUGAAACAAUCUUGAAAAGAAUGUGAUGUUGUAAUUAUCUUUUUAAUGUUUCUCCGGUGUCUACCAUAUGAUUCUUAUUCCUAUGAGAUUCUAGUCAAACUAUACAGUUA